UGUGGUAGUCUAGGUGAAUUUGGAAUAUUAUAAUUAUACUUUGGAGAAUGUGAAUUAUAGAUUAUAUAUUGGAAUUGAAGUGCCGUGAAAUAUAUCCAUUGGUGUAAUUCAACCUCGAUUCAAAUUGAUCUAUUUUGUGACGUUCACGCCCAGGAGUGACCAUUGUCCACUUACUGUUGUCAUAUGACAUAACACAACCGGACACUAAACAUGGAUGUUAUUACUGAGGCAAGUUUAAAAACCUGCAAGAAGGUAUGUGAACUCUGUGAUGGAGAGCAGAUUGGAUCAUUUGUUGCGGUAGACUAUGUGCUAUUUGCAGCAGUCCUAGUCGUUUCGGCUCUUAUAGGAGUUUUCUACAUGGUCAAGGAAUACCGUGCGACGAAACAAGCCACAGCCGAAGACGUUCUGAUGGGUGGAAGGGACAUAGGUAUAUUUCCCAUAGCCAUGUCGCUGAUGGCUAGUUUCAUGUCAGCUAUCACAGUGCUGGGGACACCGACGGAGAUGUACAAUAACAAUACCAGUUAUUGGAUUGCAGGAAACGUCAUCAUCAUUACAACAAUACUAACAAAUCAUGUGUUUCUUCCUUUUUUCCAUAACUUGAACUUAACCAGCGCAUACGAGUACUUAGAGAAGAGAUUUAAUGUAGUUGUACGAGUGUGUGCCUCCGCCAUAUUUAUGUUAAACAUGCUAUUGUAUAUGGGUGUUGUUUUGUACGCUCCUGCUUUGGCUUUGAAUCAGGUUACCGGCCUGAGUCUGUCGCUAUCCAUUGUUUGCAUAGGUUUAGUGUGCACAUUUUACACAGCACUGGGUGGAUUACGAGCUGUCGUAUGGACGGAUACGUUCCAGACAUUUGUGGUGAUGGCAGGACUUAUCGCCAUUAUCGUAGUAGGGUCACGUGAGGUCGGUGGGUUAGACAAAGUUUGGAAAAUAGCUGAUCACGGAGGCAGAAUACAUUUCUUUGACUGGAGUGCAGACCCUACUGUUCGUCAUUCAUUUUGGGCACUUGUUAUUGGUUCAGUAGUUGGUCAGCUGACAAUCUACGCAGCCAACCAGACAAUGAUCCAGAGAUACCUGGCGAUUAAAGAAAUAACCAACUCCAAAAAGGCUCUGUAUGUUAGUCUCCCACUGACGCUCAUCCUGUCCACGGUGGUAUGUCUGGUGGGUUUAGUCAUUUAUGCCACCUAUCAUGACUGUGACCCUAAACUCCUUAACCUCGUCAAGGCCAGAGACCAGCUAUUACCGUUCUUAGUUAUGGAUAAGCUUACGUUCCUACCCGGUUUACCAGGGUUGUUUGUCGCCAGCCUUUUCAGUGCCUCUCUCAGUUCUAUUUCUUCUGGAUUGAAUGCCCUUGCCAUUGUAAUAUUGGAAGAUGUAUUCAAGAUAUAUUGGAGGUAUCACGGGAAAGAACCCUCGCCCAUCAUACAGGGACGUCUUGCCAAAGUAUUGGGUUUCGUUUGUGGAGGCAUGGUGAUUGGAAUCGCAUUUCUGUCCCAGUUUCUCGGACAAACUGUCCUUCAGAUCAUGUUGAGCAUCUUCGGUAUGGUAGGAGGCCCCCUGUUAGGACUGUUCCUCAACGGCAUUUUCAUCCCAUGGGUAAAUACUGCGGGCGCACUUUGUGGACUAAUAUGCAGUGCUUUUCUGACGUUUUGGGUGGCUAUCGGAGGUUCCAUAAUAUUACCAGUACCCCCAAUAAAGAAUGUUUCGACAUCUAUAUGUCAACACUUCCAGAGAAACUGUACGACGCCAGCGAACAAUCAAAAUAUGUCAGCAAUAUACAGUACCGUACCAUCUAUUUCAACAACGUAUUACAACACGUCAUCAAUAACCCAGACAGCAACGACCCCAAACGGUCAAGAUUUAUGGAUCUACCAUAUAUCAUACUUAUGGUAUGCCCUAUUUGCUGUGCUGAUAUCCAUAGUGGUCGGAAUCAUCGUUACGUUCGUGUCAACAUUUUGUUUUGACCUGAACCGUCCAGAAGAUAUUGAGAAAGAAUUGGUACAUCCAAUUGCUGACAGAGUAUGCUGUUAUCCUUCUAUAUCAUGUCAAAAGGUUCACCGUCUUUCUAAAAAGCCUGCAGAAUAUUAUGAAACGUCAUUGAAAAAAUAUAAUGGACAUGAGAACUUGGACGUAGGGCAUGACGGACCGUAUACUGUAACAAACGGGGACCUCGAGCUCAAGUCAAAACUACGAGAGAGGACGCAAAGACGGAAUGGCAAUACAUCCCGCACGUGGAAUGAUCCCAAUCCCAGCUAUUAUGAGAACAACUUGAUGCCUGAUGACGAUGACGCCUUAACAAAACUUUAAAUGACGUCGAUCUAAUUUACGUUGGCCCUAGUCAUUUCAUGUGAAUUUACAAACUAUUCAUCGAUUGGGGAAAGCCUUUGUGAUAUUCAGACCUACUAUCAAUAAACAGUACAAUGUAAAUAUGACAGUGUACUGAUACCUUGUUGGGAAACCAUAAUAUAUUUAUCAUUUCAAGCAAACAGUGCAUCAACUUCAUUAUUAUUAAAAAAAAUAUGUAGUAUUUAAUACGAACUGUAUAUCCGAUAUUAAAGAUGAAACCACACAUUGACGUCUAAAGCAGACGGAUUUACUGGUAGAAUCAUUAUUAAUUAUACAAAGUAUUUUUUUCUCCAAAGAGGAAGUUAACUAUAAUUUCUUUCCGCUAUUUUUAAAUUUAGAAUGCAUUGAACAUCCACAAGCUAUACUGAAUUACUGUAAAAUGGUAUCAAACCACACAAUAAACAAUAAUUGUUAUACAAAUUGAAGGUAAACGUCAGACAUAAAUACGUUACUUUGUAAGCAAAAAAUGAGUAAAACAAUCAAAAAUGUUGGCAUAUAAUUCCUAUCAAAUACGUUUAUUUUGUUUAAAGAUCUUGUUACAUAGUUCCUAUUGAUCUUACUACUUACGUGUUGAUAUUUUUUUCUAGUUUUAAAUUAAAGUUCAUUUUAGUAGACUAACAACAAUUUCACAUAGUUUGAGUAUGCACGUUUGCUGGUAACUGUGCGUGUGUGGAUGAAAGUGGGUACGAGUGCUUAUUCGCAUAUUAUAAUUUUCCCUCUGUUUUAAAGGGAACUGCAUGCUAACCUGGUGUGUCAGCAUUUAUGUCCCUUCCUUGUAUUUAUAUCAUAUUUACACUAUUUGAAAAAAAAUCCAUUGAGGUCAAUCCAAAUAAACAUAUGGAAAACCUUUACCAAACAUUCCAAUUUUAUUCUUUUAUUAACCGAAACAGUUGUAUGGAUUUCUUGAUAGAAGGCAGCGAUAUAUGAACAUAUGAAAACGUUAAGUGUCUGAAUCUGUUUUGAGUUGUUUCCCUUUUAUCAUACAAUAUGUGACUUUUCAGCUGAAAGGGAGAACACUCUCACUGAUUACAAUCACAUUCUUUUUCUAACUGCGUGGGAUACUGCGUGCUUUCGGUUAGAUAACACUCGUGAGUGUACAAUGUUUGACAGUAGUGCCAAUCAUGGCAGUUCUCAUGGCUGAAGGGAUUGCGGAUUUGAAUGAUUCUAUUAAAACUGUAAAAAUCAAUAAGCCUUCUCGUGCGGCGUAUAGGUUCUUAGUUUUAUAUCAUAAUUGUACUUUGAUAUAUUUAGCUAGUACUAUCUGAAGGCACAUUAAUGCCAUCUGUAGAUAUACGUCUAAUGUUCACACAAAGACAGUGUGAACAAUUCGACAGUAAUACGUAUGGAAGGAACGUUAACAAGUCUUUAGAAAACUGAAAGUCACAAUACACAGAUACAUGUCAUCCCUAUUCAGGAAAUUGUCUUGCUAAUUUGAUUAUCUAUUCGUGGUAAAAACUUCCGUAUAACACAAUGUGUGGUAAGCUUUAACUGUCAAAUGAACAUUUUCAACUUUCUUCAUCACAUAUAACAAGCAAAACAAUUAUGUUUCGUCAUCAUCUUCUACCCAACCUACAAGCUUAAGGAUCCCCGUACCACUGCCAAAAACGUUACGUAGUGUUUGAAACCGUACCGGCAUGACUAUAGAUUUGACAAAUUAUUUUUGAAAAGAAAACAAUAUCAUGUUAUGAGAAAUAACAAAGGUGAAAUAAACAAA